AUGGCAGCAUCGCGAUCAGUCUCAAUCACUUAUGUCCCUGCGGACUGUGGAUCAAUCAUUCCGGGCAAAUCCAAAGCGGCCCAGGCCUUCAGAGACGUCGGAAUCGUUGGCAAAUUAAGAGACGCUGGUGUACCAUCUGUCUCUGAACAUCAAGCUCUUAAGGCACCAGCAACAUUCUCUGCUACGGCUUUCAGCGCAGGCAGUGCGCGCAAUGAAGACAUCAAUAUCUCGGUCUGCGAGAACGUUGAGCGGACCAUCGGCAAUAACUUCAGAGCUUCGACUGGCCAACCUGAUUUCCAGCUAAUUCUCGGCGGCGAGUGCUGUAUGCUGCCAGCUAUCCUCUCUGCCUUCUGGAAACAUGCCGACGCGCAGUCUCAGCCUAAACGUAUUGGUCUGAUUUAUAUCGACGCUGAUACCGACCUUACCUCUCCUACGGAUCCAAGCUCUAUUGGCACCUUUGCUGGGAUGAAUAUGGCACAUCUGGUUCGGUUGCCUGGUGCGCUUCCACGCAUGGAGCAGUUCUCUCGUCCAUCAGGCGAACCUGUCUGUGAUGCUUCGAAUACUGUUUUCUUCGGCACGAACAUGUCUCUUCCUGGGAACAAACCAGAGCACUUCAAGUAUCUUUUCGACAGUAACUUCAAAGUCGUCAGCUCAGCAUCCGUGGCGAAAGAUCCUGAGCAACGCGCAAAAGAAACACUUGAGUUUCUGCAAGACAAAGUCGAUAUAAUUAUGGUUCAUUUAGAUGUUGACUCGAUUGAUCCUGGGACGUUUCCUUUGGCGAAUGUUCCCAACUUUACUGGCGUGGAGUUUGAGAAUAUGAUGAGAGCUCUCAAGGUACUACUUGGAAGUGAAAAGGUUGGAGGUCUCACUGUGGCGGAGGUUAACCCAGAUCAUGAUCCCGGGCUGAAGAUGACUGAGAGAUUGACUUCGCAUAUCGUGGAGAUGUUGGCCGCAAGAAUGUGA